GGGCUUGGUCUGUGCAUGAUGAGUCUCAUAUCCAGUCCUUUUGAGCACGCAUCAGCAUUGGCAUUAGCCGCCUAGUGAUAGCCUGCCUGCGAAUUGGUUUGACGAGGUUGACGAGAACUCCCGUCUUUUCCGUGGAAGAGAAUCAAGGACCGAGAAAUGACAAGCUGAGAAAUCCAAGCCAGUCUCAAACAGAGUUUGAAUUAUACAUCCAAGGCAAGCAGUUUCGGGAGAAUGGGAGCGUGGGAGCAGAAAUGUCAACAUGAUUGACAUUGACAGUGAUCAACCCGUCAUCGAGGAAGGACACGUGAUCUACCGCUCUUUUCAUGGACGUUGCGUCGCUGCUGCAAGACUCCCCGUCCGACAGGCGGCCGCUCAAGCAGGAGUCCCGUCCGGACCCACGAGAUCGUGAACAGCGCCCCGACUCUCGCGACCGUGACCCGCGCGAUCAACGCGUAUGGCCCGCGCAACCUCCACCCCCACCCCCCUUGCAAAAGCAGUCAUGGCCGCCGGCGCCAUCCUCGCAUCCACAGCCCCCGUACCCGUAUCGCGAGUCUUAUCCACGCCAGCCGCCGCCUCAGUCCCCGAGCGCGGCAUCGGGCGUCCCUGGAAGUCCCAAUUCGGCGCCUUACAUGCCAGGCAGACACGGUCACCUAUAUCCCUCCGAGACGCCACCUGCUGGUGGAGGAGCACCAGCCCCUCCUGGCAGUGCAGGAGGGGCCUACUCAGAGCCAUCGCCGAUGUAUGCGCCGAUGGGCGCGCUGAGGCAGCCGGGCCCACCGCCGAGGGAGCACAAGGAGCGUGAAAGCAGAGACAGGGAACGAGAUAGAGACAGGGAGAGGGAACGAGAGCGAGAAAGAGAACGGGACAGGGAAAGAGAACAAAGGGAAAGGGAACGUGAUCCGCGCGAUUAUGUGCCCCACAUGCAUGGACACCCAACCCAUCCAGGACCCCCAGGGUGGCAACAGGGCCCUCCCCCGCCCCAUUCCGCCGGCCCUCCUCCUUCUUCCGGGCCCCACGUUCAUUCUCACCACUCGCAUCCACACUCGCAGCCUUCGGGACCGUUCUUGCUCAAUCCACCGUCUCCGAGAAUGUAUCACGCUUCAACUCCGAGAAGCCAUCCUCUGCCGCCUCAACAGCCAAAUCAACGCACAUUUCAAGGGCAGUUCCACACCUCCUUCGUCCCCGUCCGAGAGUCGUCUCCUCCGCGAAAAGCGCCUCCCACCGCCCCCAAACGCGAACGCGAGCGAGAGCAAAGGGAGAGAGAGCGAGAACGAGAGCGCGAUCGCGAGCGAACGGAGCGCGAACGUGACCGAGGCAAAGAUCGAGAAGUGGACAGAGAACGCGAAGCGGCGGGCUACGCGUGGGGCACGCCUGCCACCCCGGUUCAUGCCCCGGUUCCCGGCCAUCCUGCACACAUGCAUGGACGUGGGCUGGAGAUGGACUGGGAACCACAGCAUUCUCGCUCUGAUUCCAUAACCUCCCCUUCUCAAGCGGCAACUAGCCAAUAUCCCGCGACUGUUCCGGUUCAGCCACCGGAACCUCCUGAACGUCCUUUCCGCGCCAAGAGAACUGUCUCGUUGGGCACAUAUGUGUAUCCCACCACGCCAUUCCCGUGGAAAUUUGUUGAAAACGCAGAAACCCUCUUUUCACGGGAUGCCGAGGUUGAGAUCGAUGCCAAGAAGGAGAAAGCGGAGAAGGUCAGACAGGAUAGAGAGAAGCAAGCAGAGAGGGAACGCUUGGAACGGGAACGUCUGGAGGCAGAGAGCAAGCUCGAACCCGGUGAAUUGCCUGCGACGAGCCCGAAUCCAACACCGGCACCGGCUGACCCAGUCGAAGACAAGUCUCAGGAUACCAAAGCACAGGAAUCCGGUAAAGCUGGAGAUGCAGUUGAUGACAAGGAGUUGCUGGAUUUAGAGGUCCGAACUACUAUUCUCGUUCCCUCGACGCAUCUCCCAUCUUCCAAACCUCCUGUCGGGGUUGGUGUCAAAGGUGGCCACUGCUAUCGACUGUGGGGUGGUGGACUCGGCGGGAAUGGGGAUACCUUACCUUCACCGGAGGAAAGCGACGAGCCCUCACCACCUCUCAAGCGCCGUCGCAUCUACAGCGAUGACUCCAGUGUGCUAUCUGCAGCGGUGCAUUCAGGCUUCAUCAAAUGGUCUCACGUUGCGCGUGCCUGUCAAGAGGGACGGGAUGUUGCGAUUGAAGUGCGGAUGGUGCGAGUGCUGGGUAUCGGGAAGGAAGCCUUGGCCGAGGGAUGGCACGUUGGCGAAAGCGAGACCCCUCCCUCUUCUUCUUCCGCAGGACCCGCCAAAGACCUGGAAUCGAGUGUGGCGCCGGAAGAAGACACGGAUUCAGGGAAAUCCGCGAUAACUACUGUCGUAUCUGAAGUGGUCGGCCGCUUCGCUGGCGGUUGGGGAGCGCAAUGUUCUGUGGCCUGGGAGGACCUCAUCCAGGACGGUUCGUCUGGAAACGCCAUGUUGUCAGAAGAGCAAAACAGCAACAGUGUGGACGAUGGUCGCAGCAUCAUGAGCGCAGGUUGGGGUUCAGGACACGCGGGCAGUGCUUUCGAAGUGGUCAAGGUGCGGAUCGGAGAGAAAACCCGCGCUUAUGCGGGCUCUCAUACGCGCUCGCGGCAGAAUCGCAGGCAAAGAAUGGCAGAAUACACUGCGAGGAGAUCUGCGCUGGGGCUGGGAGCUCUCGGCGGACCCGCUGUCCACCCCAUGCACCGACAAACCACACUGCGGGUUUUCCCGUGUCCUCGCGAUCCUGCCGUCUUGGCUGGCAAGAAACGCAAGCGGGCGGCACCUUCGCCACCUACGACCAAGGCUGCGGGCGGUAAUGCAACCGUGCUAGACAUCAUCCACGAGUUGGAGGAGGGAUGCGACCGUAAAGAGGAUGAAGCAUGGCAGCGUGACGACUGCACCUGCGCAGCUCUCGCUGGGAUCGACCGGGAUCUUAUGAAGGGAAGAACCAUCGUCUGUGCCUUCGGCGACAGGCGAAACGGAUUCAAAUACGACCCCGGCCUGCUGCGCGCAACGAUGUUCCCUCCCGCCCAGCUCGAGCCGGAAAAAAGCACGGACGCCAAACAUGCGAACAAACGCCGGCGGUUGAGCGGGCUGGAGGAGGUCGCCUACGCGGCAGCGACCGCGAUGGAGGACGACGUGAAAAUGGAGUCGGAGGCUCCGGUCCCCCAGAGUGCGGAGCCGCAAGGGCCGAAAUCUCGCUCGCUGCGCCUCCAGACGGGCCAGGAGACCCUCGAGCUGCGGCCCGCAGCUGCCGACGCAGGAACUAGCGCGCCCCGGUGGAAGGCCGUGCGGCUGCCGAGCGAAGACGUGGUCCAUGAUAAUCUUGGGGAAAGCGAUGUGCUGUUCGCAGACACCGGUAUCCGGAUGGGGUCUGCUGAAAUGGUGCCGGUGACGCUCUGGUGUUUUGCGUAGGUAAUCAAAGUCUGAAAUAGACAUGUUGUGUUUGUAAUCGAUUGCUCGCAUUAUCUUUGUGUUAUACAAGCCCGUGUAAGUAAGUUGAC